CUCUCUCUCUCACUCCCCCCCUCUCUCUCUCUCUCUCUCUCUCUCUCUCUCUCUCUCUCUCUCUCUCUCUCUCUCUCUCUCUCUCUCUCUCUCUCUCUCUCUCUCUCUCUCUCUCUCUCUCUCUCCCCUACAUCAUGAAGCCCAGCAGGUUGCUGGUUCAGCAGCAGUAGUUCAUGGUGGAAGAGGAGAUGGGGUUUGGGAUCAGGUCCUGACGGCUGGCUGCUGGUGUUGGUGUUGGUGAUGGGGGAGGGGUGGUUUGAAGACUCAGGUGUCAGGGGAAACACACUUGCCAUCCGAGACCAUACGGGCAGGGAGAGAGAGAGAGGCGGGAGAGAGGUAGAGGGAGAGAGAGAGAGAGUGUAGGAAAGGCUGACCUGAUAUGGCAGGAAAGAGCGUUAAAGAAUUGUUAACGCAGUGUUUGUGUGCACAGAGGGAUCCAGCUGUGGUCGGCUGAGCGACUUCAGAGAAACAGUACACACACAAACAAAGACAUACACACCAGCCUACACAUGAGAUACACCCUCCCAGCCCGCACAGGUCCUGACCCUAGCUGCAUGAGAACACAUCCAGCGUUCAAAUCUCCCUCUCCAGCCCUUCUGUUUGCCUCAAUUUACCCAACUGCAAUAUUGUCUCUCUAUUUUACCCUUUUUAUUCACCUGCAUUUGGUCUUGAUUACAUUAAAUCAUAAAGACCGAGGGGUAAUUAAAAAAAGAAGAAACACAAAUGAGCGAUGUCCCUCUACCUCGACGAGUCCAUCACCAUGGAGACGGGCCAGACGGGCACAACAGCAGGGAGGGAGGGAGCGAGGGAGGGAGAGAGAGAGAGACGCUACUAUCAGUGACUUUCUCUCCCUGUCUGACACUGUCUGACACUGUAUGGCUGUAGAUACACCACCGAAGAGACCAUCACGCCAAGAGGACCAUCUGAGCGCUUCAUCUGAGCGCUGAGUGUUUAGAGUGUUUAUCUCCAUGGAGUCACCCCUCGCGUCUCAGCGCCACACUGCCGGCUAGGAGAGCGCGGGUCACCUUACACCUGGAGAAUGCCAGAGAGGGUGCAGGACUUCCAGGGCCAGAGCUACCACAAGCUGAGGCGGGCGUGCCGUCGCCGCGGCACGCUCUUCAAGGACCCCCUGUUCCCCGCCGCCCCCCAGUCCCUCUUCUACCAGCGGGAGCCUCCCGCUGGCCUCACAUGGAAGAGACCCCGGGAGUUGUGCAAGGACCCCCGUCUGUUUGUGGACGGCCUCAGCACGCGGGACCUGCACCAGGGCAGUCUGGGGAACUGCUGGAUGGUGGCCGCCACGUCCUGCCUGGCGUCCGAGCCCACCCUGUGGAAGAAGGUGAUCCCGGACCACCGGCGGCAGGAGUGGAGCCCCAAGCGGCCGGACCUCUACGCGGGCCUCUUCCGGUUCCGCUUCUGGCGGCUGGGUGGCUGGACGGAGGUCGUGGUGGACGACCGGCUGCCGGUGGGCCGCGACGGGGCACUGCUCUUCUGCCGCUCUGCCACGCCCAGGGAGUUCUGGAGUGCCCUGUUGGAGAAGGCCUAUGCCAAGCUGAACGGUUGCUACGAGGCCCUGGAGGGCGGAAAUACGGCCGAGGCCCUGAUAGACUUCACCGGUGGAGUCUCGGAGACACUGACCCUCGACCCCCGGACCCUACAUUGCCAUGCCGACCAGCAGAGGGCGCUGUACAACACGCUCAGUAGGGCCAACGACCGCCGAGCCCUGAUCACCUGCUUCAUACGGCCAGCAGAGGGCGAGGCGGUGGAGUCAGUGCUGGACUGCGGCCUGGUGCGCGGCCACGCCUACGGGGUGACCGCCCUUAGGAAGGUUUGGAAGGGGGACAACCUACUCAGCCGCAACGGGAUGUCCCGCCUCCUCAUGAUACGCAUGAGGAACCCCUGGGGCACCACGGACUGGACCGGCACCUGGAGCCAGAGAUCUGAUGAGUGGCAGCAGCUGAAACGCCCUGAGAGAGAAAAAAUGGGAAUCCAAGUCCGAGAUGUAGGAGAGUUUUGGAUGGAGUUCAGGGACUUCUGCCGCUACUUCACCGACGUGGUGCUGUGCCGCCUGGUGGAGAAGGCCCGGCUGUGGUCCGGCUCCCACUGGAGGGAGGAGAGCUGCUUCGGGGAAUGGGCCCCGGCGCCGGGGGGCUCUCUUGAUCAUGGCGCCGUCCUCCGGUCCAGGGGCCCCUCAGCGGGCCCCGGGCCAGCAGGAGGAGGAAGAAGAGAUGGCAGGCAAAGAGGGGGCCGCAAGGAGCCCCGUCUCGGGGAGAGACGGCGGGCUGUGGCGAGAGGAGGUGGAAAAGAGAGGGUCGUGAAGGAGAAAGCAGGGGGAGCCCAUGAAGAGGAGCCGCAGGGAAGGCGGAGCAAGGAGGAGGAGGAGGAGGAGGAGUCACAGAGUGUAGAGGUGGAAGGAGAAUGGGGGGCGUGUGUGGAUAAGAGGAGUCGGUGUGGAGGAUGCAUCAACCAUAUGGAGACGUUUCUACACAACCCACAGUUCCUCCUGGAGGUCCGUGGUCGGGAGGAGGAGGUGCUGAUCUGUCUGCAGCAGGAAGACCGCAGGAGGCGCCGGAGAGAGGGGCGAGGAGAAAACCUGCCCAUCGGCUUCGAGGUGCUGAAGGCCAAGAACAGCAUGCCUCCCUGUGUCUGGGCCGCCCAGGUGGAGGUGAACCGCAGCUCCAGGGUGCAGUGUCUGACGGAGCAGGAGGCCAGCUCCAUCUACAUGGACUCCCGCAGCGUCACCCUGAGGGGCACCCUGCCCUCAGGCCGCUACGCCGUGCUGCCCACUACUUUCCUGCCCGGCGCCAGCGGACGCUUCCUGCUGCGGGUCUUCUCCCACGCCCACCUCCACCUCAGGGAGUUGAAUGAAGACCUCCCCUCCCCCUCUUCAUUCCAGUGUUGUUUACCUGAGCCCUGGGUCGUGACCACCGUCCACCUGCAGAGGGCAGAGGUGCUCAGCCGUACCAAAUACACAGCCCCAGAUGUCUAUGCUGUGGUGCGUUGUGAGGACCGCGUAGUGAGGACUCGAGUGCACGAGCAGAACAGCAGCCCAGAGUUCAACCUGAGGACCAUCUUCUACCGACGACAGCCCAGGGCACACAUUUCUGUUGAGUUGUGGAGCCGAGGUCUGAUCCUGGACACCUUUCUGGGGACUGCCAGUCUGCAUACUGCCAAUUCCGAGAGGGGGCGGAGCCACGUGAUUGACCUACGAGGUGGCCUAUCACAGCGCUUAGGAUCCCAGGGGUGUUGUGUCUACGUGGAGACUUCCUCCAGUGAAUGUCUGACUGAUCUGUGAUUGAUUGAUAGCUAAUUUAGCCGAUGGACGGUUGGGAAUUCCUGCAUCGAUUGCGUUUCUAAUUGGACCGUUGUUUGGAUCCCCAAGAAUUGAAGUCAUGAUUUUUCAUAAGCAGCAUGUAAUAAUAACAAAUAAUAAAUGUU